AUGGUAUUCAAAUUCCAGCUCAUAAAUUGAUACUCUCAUUGGCUAGUCCACGGUUUUCGCGAGAGUUUGCAGCAGAAAAUGGAAACAAAAACAUUGAGAGAAAAGUGUACGAACUGGAUGGAAUAGACUCCCGCCUCUUCGAUUCCUUUCUCACCUUCGUCUACACAUGUGAGGUGAAUUUGUGUCCGGAAAUUGCCUUUGGCCUGAUGAAAUUAUCGACCGUGUACGAAAUGGAUCAGCUGAGAAGAUUGUGUACAGACUAUGUACUCAAGACACUAACAAAAUGCAACAUUUGGACAUACUUUUGCCAUUCUGUGGACGUGUUCCAGGACGAAUGUCUGAGGGCCAAAUGCCUCGAUUUUAUCUCCAACUCUGACGGUGGUAUUUUCCACAGAGAAGAUUUCUUAGGGGUGUCCAGGGGUGCUGUUAAAUUGCUCCUGGAGAUGGAAUCAAUUAGAGUGACUGAAAGUGAAUUGCUCGAGGUGAUAAUUAAGUGGAUUGACUUCCAUGGUGGAAGAGGAGACAGGAGAGCAUUUCUCGGAGACUUAUGGUACCUCAUCCGUUUCCCUGCCAUGUCCAGCAGUGAAUUUGGAUGUGUGGUAGAGCAGUAUUUGGGGCUGCUGUCCGAUGAGGAGGUUCAUCAAGUGAGGUUGGCUAUUUCCGGAGCACCUAAUAAUUCUCCUUUUUCCAAACAUCCUCGAAUGCGACUGCCUAGGAUAUUGUUCAGUGGAGGGAUUACAUUGAAAAUUAUAUUCCAAUUUUCGAAAGUAUUUGGAUCUGAGGAGCACUGUCAGGACCUCAAAAUGGCUCUGAAGAUCCUUGGAAAGGAGGAGACUUUGAUUUGUGGGAUUGGAAUUCUUGUGGAACAUGACUUUGAACAGGCAAUUUCUGGGGAGAUAAGCAUACAGAUCAACACAGAAUCUGGCUGGAAGGAUGAUUCUUUUCCCACAAUUGAAGGUGGACAUCAGAUGGCACAUGGAAGAAAACACAAACUCCUAUUUCUCAUUUUCCAGGAAGUUAAAAUGAUCCCUGAGCAAUGGUAUAGGAUUAAUUUAACCACAAAAUGCGAUAAAGUAGUGAAAGUUGAAGGAGAAUUUCAUGAAAUAGCAAAUUUAGGUGAAAAUCAGGUGAAAUUUAUUCACAAUGACAAACACAGCAGUAUUCCUCUGGUAAUAUUUAAAUAACCCCAAAUUAUUCGUCAAUUUAGAAAGAGUGAAAGUAUCUCAAGAAACAAAGAUAUGAGUUAUGAGUUGGAUUUUCUGUGGCAGAAAAAAACCACUGCGAUAAGCUUAAUAAUUUAGCUUAUAGGUGACGAGAUUCUUAAUGUGAAAGAACUCGAAACUAGAUAGUUUGUAAGAGAAAUUGGGGGAUCCCAAGAAGCAAGUCUUAUAGCAAUAAAUUUAAUUUCUCUAAUAAUUUACUGUUUAUUAUAUCAAAAUAAAAACUUUGUUAUAUAAAAAGAUCUUGUAGUCAAAGAACUUUAAUAGAACCCUAUAAGAUGAUUCUUUAUAAUGAAA